AUGAACAACCCAAUGGAGUCCUUCUUCCUCUGUCUCGUAGUAUUAUUAGUCUCGAUCCAGACUGCCGAGGCAUGGAUACCUUCCACCAACAAGCCUGCGUCUACUGCUGGGCAGGAUCCCACCACGGCUAGUUUCAGCAGUCGAUUUGACGAAUUGGUCUCCCUUGAUACGGGGACGGAAACUCCAGCAGCAGUGGAUGAGCGUUACUAUUCUGUCCCUCCGACUCAGCCUCAGCUAUUGGUGAAUACCAAACCGCGGAUCACGUUGACAAGAUUUCUGAGUAAUAUCGUCAAGGAAGAUCCUGAGGCCCGUGAUAUGGAAUCCUUGCUCUUGUCCAUCCAAAUGGCCUGCAAAACUAUUAGCAAUCUGGUCAAUCGGGCUGGUUUGGCCAACGAUCUGGGAGAACAGAACAGUGAUUAUUCCGAUGGACGAUUUUACAGCAUGAAACGAUUGGAUUUGCUCUCCACCAUUGUGUUGAAGAAUGCCUUGCAAUUUACGGGGAAAUGUGAAUGUGUGGCUCCCGGACCAAAGGUCGACACCGAAUCGCCUGCGGAACAUCAACCAGGAGUCCUCAUUGCCAGUGCCUUGGAUUCCAACUACGUGACUGUACUGGAUCCUCUGGAUGGCAGUGGCAACGCCGAUGCUUCCAUUUGUACGGCAACGGUGUUUGGGGUAUUUGAACAACCCAAUGAUGAGGAAGACGGGGAAGCCACCACAGCAACAAGUGUUGACGACAAUGAGAAACUGGUUCAAAGCGUUCUACAACCUGCCAAGAACAUGAAAGCUGCAGGAUAUUGCUUGUACAGCAGUGCCACAGUUCUGGUCUUUACGCUGGACCAAGGCGGUGUCUAUGGUUUCACCCUCGAUCCGCAACUGCAAGAGUUCGUUUUGACACACCGGGAUUUGAGCAUUCCGAAACGAGGAAACGUUUAUUCUUGCAAUGAGGCAAACAGUGAAGGAUGGGCAGACGAUUGGAAGUCCUACGUAAAGAGUCUCAAAUUAGGUCAAGGAGAAACCAAGAAACCAUACGCACUACGUUAUGUUGGAAGCAUGGUGGGGGAUAUUCACAGGACUUUGCUGUACGGAGGCAUAUUUGCCUACCCAAGUGAUUCUUUGAGACAUCCUGAUGGCAAUCUACAAUUGUUGUACAAAACAGCGCCCAUGGCCUAUGUAGUCCACCGAGCAGGCGGCAAAGCGAUCGACGGGAGAACUGGAAGUCUUCUGGAAGUGACACCUGAGCGAGUGCAUCAAAAAUCGCCAUGUUUCAUGGGCAGCCCAGAAGAUGUGGAAGAGUUUGAGAAAUACCUGCAGCAGUGA